CAGAAAAUGUAUAAAGCUAUAGAUAAACAAAAAUGUUUAGUUGAUUGUUUUAAAGAAGAAUUAAUUAAUGAUGGAAUAUUUACUGAAGAAAAGGCGAAUUUUGUUGUAAAAGAAUAUUUAGAGGAAUUAAAUGAAAUACUUUUAAAUGUUAAUGAAGGGAAAAUACCUCCAAUAAUUGAUCAUUUACGUGGAAAUUGGAAAGGAUUUAAACAAGCGCCUAAAUGUGUUACUAAAUGGAAUACUGGAUUUAAUAAAGAAUUACUUGAAUUAAUUGGGGGUACUUCUGUUAAUGUUCCCAAUGAUUUUUCAAUUCAUCCAACUCUUGAAAAAUCACUUGUUAAUUCUCGACUGGAAAAAAUCCAAAAUGGAAAUAUUGAUUGGAGCACAGCAGAAUCUUUAGCAAUCGGUUCUGUACUUUUGCAAGGUUUUGAUGUUCGUUUAAGUGGUCAAGAUGUAGGUAGAGGAACUUUUAGUCAAAGACAUGCAAUGCUUGUUUGUCAACAAACUGAUAAAGUUUAUAUUCCUUUGAAUAAAAUACAAGAAGGACAGAAAUGUUUUCUUGAGAUAGCUAAUAGCCCUCUUUCGGAAGCAGCCGUUGUUGGUUUUGAAUAUGGUUUUGCUAUUGAAAACCCUAAAAGACUUGUUAUUUGGGAGGCUCAAUUUGGUGAUUUUUAUAAUGGUGCUCAAGUACAGAUAGAUACUUUGAUAGCUAGUGGAGAAAGUAAAUGGUUUUUACAAAAUGGAUUGGUUUUGCUUUUGCCUCAUGGUUUUGACGGGGCUGGUCCAGACCAUAGUAGUGCUCACAUUGAACGUUUCCUUUCUCUAACCGAUAGUAGCGAAUCUCAAUUAGUACCUGAUGGGGAUAAUGUAAAUAUGAGGAUAAUAACACCAAAAUUACUUCUUCGGCAUUCAUUUUCUUCUUCGCCAAUUGAAGAUUUUAUUGAAGGAACAAGUUUUCAGCCUGUUUUAUUUGACAAAACAAUAAAAGAAAAUAAAAAUAUUAAAAAGGUUAUAAUCUGUUCUGGAAAGCAUUCCCUCACACUUUUUAACGAAAGAAGUAAAAGAGAAAUUUGUGACAUUGCAAUUGUUCGUUUGGAAGAAAUUUGUCCUUUCCCAGUUGUUGAUUUGACUAAAAUUUUUGAUAUUUAUUCUAAUGCUAAAUCUUUUAUUUGGUCGCAAGAAGAACCAAGAAAUGCUGGAUGCUGGCCUUUUAUUCAAAAUAGAUUUAAAAAUGCUUUUGGGAUUGAACUUAAAUAUGCUGGUCGUGCAGAACAAGCGUGGAUAGCCACUUCAAUUGCUGAAGUACAUGAAAAGGAAGUUUUGGAUAUUUUGGAAGAAACAUUUUCUUAA